UUCAAAAAACGAAGAAAUAGAAGCACAACAUCAAGUGAAGGAACGUCUCCUAUCUUCAGUGUUUUUUUGUUUUCUUUAAAAAAAUUAAGUAACUGAAUUUCGAUUCCAGACUUUUACAACUUUUGCAGCCCACUUGUUGUUUAUUAGCCUAACGGGCUCGCUGUAAACUGCGGAAAAAGUUAAACUGAAGUCAAGAACGUGCGACAAGAGCGCAAGACUACAGCAUAAGACAGGUUCAAUUAUUUCUUCUCCAGACGAUGACAACGCCGAGCAAAACGCCGCCCGGUGCCGACCCGAAGCAGCUGGAGCGAACUGGUACCGUUCGGGAGAUCGGCUCGCAGGCGGUUUGGUCGCUGUCCUCCUGCAAACCUGGGUUCGGCGUAGACCAGUUGAGGGACGACAAUUUAGAGACGUACUGGCAGUCAGAUGGAUCUCAACCUCACCUGGUCAACAUCCAGUUCCGGAGGAGGACUACGGUGAAGAUGGUGUGCAUUUACGCUGACUACAAGUCGGACGAGAGCUACACGCCUAGCAAGAUCUCCGUCAGAGUGGGGGACAACUUCCACGACCUGCAUGAAGUCAGGCAACUGGAGAUGGUUGAACCCAGCGGCUGGAUUCACGUGUCGCUGGUAAACCAGCGAACCAGCGAGCCCGUGCGCACCUUCAUGAUCCAGAUCGCCGUUCUGGCCAACCACCAGAACGGCCGAGACACGCACAUGAGGCAAAUCAAAGUGUACACGCCGGUGCAGGAGCGUUCCAUAGGAAUGUUCCCGCCGUGCACCACUGUGGAAUUCAUGAUGUACCGAACCAUCAGAUGAUCCGCCCACUUUUGGUCAGCGGAUGAGUUGUUUGUUUUGUACUUUAAGCUGUUGUAAAUAAAAUUUGAUUUCAUCAAAUUGCAAUCCA